UUGACAGUCAUUGCCAGUCAUCUGAACGGCGGUAGUUUGUGUACUGUUUCAAGAGUGCCGCGGUAAAGUUACCUCCCAUGGAAGAAAUAAAACCGGCAGAAAAAGUGUCUAUUAGAUGUGUAAAAAGUAUCUGCCCGACAGCAGAAGAGCUCAGUGUAAUCACAAACAAUGUUAAGUGCGAGAAAUGCGGACUCGUCUUUCAAAACGAGCCGCGAUAUCGACUGCACGACCUUAAGGUGCAUCAGCGUAAAAAUUUAGACAAAGCAGUCAAAGAGAAUGUUCAGUAUCAUUGUCCUGUCGAGUCCUGCGUUUAUGCUUUGAAUGCCGAAAGACAUUUUACCAGCAUGAAAUAUCUGAAACAGCAUUAUCUUAAAGUACAUGCAAAAAAGACAUACGCGUGUACCCGUUGUGAAAAAAGUUUCUCCACUGAAGCAGCUAAAGAAGGUCAUAUGAGAAUAUGUGGGAUAGAGUUUACAUGUUCUUGUUCAAAAAGUUAUACUUCUUAUGAAGCACUACUUACACAUGCAAAGAGAUCCUUGCAUACCAUAAAUGACAAAUACAAAAAUGUUUUGAGACGCACAAAUUCCAAAACAAUUCGAUCAAUUUUACCGAUCAAUCCAACUGGUAUAAAUAAGCUGAUUACAAUCCUACCAACAAAUCAAACGGAAAAUAAAAUAUCUAUUUAUAAUAAUGAUACGAAACAAAAAAGUACCGUAGACAUUGGUAUACAAACAGAUGAGUAUAAGAGAAAUAAAAGGAUAUCAAGUCCAUUAAAGCAUAUUAGCAAUGGCCACCAUUACAGUGGAAAACGUGGAGUAUCUAAACAGACACAGACAAGCAUUUCCCAAAGAGUUAGGCAGAAUGUUAUGUCUAUGGAAACACAGACCACAACAGUUUCACAAGUGUUUAAAAGUUCACUGAAGAAUCAGAAACGUAGAAAAAAUUGCGUGUCACAAAAUCCUGAUUACACACUGUUGAAGGAAGACUUAAAUCUUGACAAUUUUACAUCUCCAAAUUUAUUUCCAAGUAGUCCAUUACCACUUCGCGACGAUGUUGGAUUGCAUGACUUUUGGGAGGAAAAGAGUACAUCAGGUACUCAAACAAUACCUGAAAAAGACAUGUUUGAAGUUUUAAACGACAAUGUUACCCAAACAGAUUUUGAGACAUUUUAUGAGCACAGUACAAAUCCACUAAUACAAUGUGUUCCCAAAAGUACAGUUGCUCUGAUGACUUUACCUUAUGCGGAAGAAACGUCUGCGGCUGUUGAAGGAUACUCCUUUGUGUCUUCAAAUAGUAUAUCAAGAGCAGACCCUAUGCUUACAGACAAAACUUUUGAUGAUAAAUUCAGUAGUAUAGAGACUCAGACUGAACAAGAUUAUUCACAAUCGUUCUUUGAUUCGGAUACUUUAACUAGAUCGUUUGCGUUAAGUUCUAACAUCGAAACACAAACCACGAAUAAUCUAGACAACAUGGAACAAUUGUUGUACAGUAAUACGUGUACACAGACUUGCGACGAAAUACUACCAUCCGACUUAGGAUUAUCUAAUAUUCAAACGCAAACGGCUUGGACCCAACUUGAGGACACUACCGUUUCUACCGAAACGCAAACAAAAUCUCUGAUAUGUGAAACUGGAUGCAACAUAUCAAUGGGCGCAUGCCGUUCCUGGUUAAGUACUCAGACUAGUCACACUGAAACACAAACUGACCUACUUAGUAUUUUUGAAGGUCUUCAAUAA